AUGAAGUCUGGGGACUAUUGUGAAUUAUUCUAUUUCACAAACACUGGUCUAGAAGAAGCCUCCCAAGCCACUUUCACUGCAGACGAAGAUGCCCUUGUUAUGCUACCCACUUCAGAUGGACUACACAAAUGGAUCCCUGCCGGUGCAGCGCGAGAUCCCAAAGCGCACGUGCUGAAAGAUGAAAACCUCACAUGGGAGCAAUUCAAUGAAGCGGCCCCUCGCAUGAUUAUGAUAAUGAGAGAGAAUGAUUGGCUGGAUGACAGAAUCGACAUGCAUGUAGCCUUCUGGUCUGCAUUGCAAAACCAUCGUUGGCGGCACGACUUCGAUGCCCACAAGCAACGAGCACUGCUGCUCUACCAAGCCCAACAGCGACGGCGAUGGCACCUGUCCAUUGGCAGCUCAAAUAGCUGGAGCUUAGCAAAGAUCAACCAAGAUCUCCUAAACGAAGCUCGAGAGUCAAUUUUCGACCAAUUUAGAAUCCAACAGCUUUCCAUACAGGUUCGUAUGCUUGUUAAAAGAUCCUAA